AUGAACAAGAUCUGGAAGUUUUUCCGAGGAAGCAGGAGGGCUCUAGUGUUUAUAUUCGUCGCUUCUGUCAUUUGGCUGCUGUUUGACAUGGCAGCUCUCCGCCUUUCAUUCAGUGAGAUUAACACGAAGGUCCUGAAGGAAGACCUCAUCCGGAAAGGACGAGAACAAGUCAAAGUUUUGCGAGAGCGAGAGAAGAUGCCCUCCGGCAGCAGAAGGGAAACCAGGCGUCCCCUGAAAGGAUCCGAAAAGGGGAAAUGGGGCAGAGAGAACUUUAGGAAGAACGAGAACACGUUGUUGAAAGCUGAGGAUCAUGCAGACAAACUUCAGCAGGGACAGACAACGCAGACCACGCAGCAAGUCCCUGCAAAAGGAAACACAUUCCCUGUGUGGGGACCAGGGCAUCUGAAGAGCUUCCCCCAACCUUCCCUUCCCCUCAUGAAGAGAAGUAGGGAGAACUCUUCCAAAGUUAGUAGCUCAUCUGCUCCGAUGGAAAGAAAACAAAAUGUUUCCAGUAGGUCCCAGGAAAUUCCACUCUUAGGAAUAAAAGAAAUUUCAUUGGUAAAAUUAGCACAUGAAGUACCUUCCCAAGCCAACCAGGAGGUGCCUCUGAAGAAAAAUACAAUCAUGUCUGCAGCAUCUGAUGGGGUGAAUAAAUGGGGCUCCAAGAGGACUACUGCUUCUAAACCAGCUGACUCCAAACCAGAGGCACCUAGAGAGCAAAUAGGUAGGAAAUUCCACCUUGACCCAACAGUGCCAAAAUCUGGAGAAACCAUAGCAUUAAACAGAAGUGAGACUCAGGCCAAAGAAAUAAAUGGGAAUAAGGAUCAAUUAGACAGGAACUUUUCCCUGCCCAAAUUCACUGGCAACAUAGAUCACAUAAAAACCCAAUUUGUAAAUGAAACAAGAUUGGAAGGGCUGCCAAUGAAUGAUGGGACUAAAGUGGAGGUUGGGAAGAAAUUCAAUUUCUCUGAAAGCCAUGUUGUAAUUAUCACCAAAGAGGAGAUGAAAAUGCAACCUAAAGAGGUUCCCAAUUCCAGAGACAAUCAAAUAGUUGUUUUUCCUAAGACAUUGGAUGAAAAUCAAGGAAAGCACAUUCUAAGGAACAGAAGUGAGACAUCUUUCCAUUCAGAUUCUUCUGAGAAAGUAAAUGUGUCUUCAACCAACCAAACCCUGACUGGAGGUUCAGAGUUAAGAUUCAGAAUAGCCAUGAAAAACCAAUCCAAGAUACAGAAUCAAACUGGAGAGAAAAUACAUUUACCUGAAGACCUUGGAAUGCAUCCAGUGCAGAACAUUGAUGUAACCCUUUCUCCAAGAGAUCCCAAAGCACCAGGCCAGUUUGGAAACCCUGUAGUAGUUCCCCUUGGAAAGGAGAAAGAGGUAAAAAGAAGAUGGAAAGAAGGAAACUUCAAUGUCUACCUUAGUGAUUUGAUCCCAUUAGACAGAGCCAUUGAUGAUACAAGGCCUACUGGGUGUGCAGGCCAACUGGUUCACAACAAUCUCCCCACCACUUCUGUCAUCAUGUGCUUUGUGGAUGAGGUAUGGUCCACUCUUCUUCGAUCCGUUCACAGUGUCCUCAAUCGCUCUCCUCCACACCUCAUUAAAGAGAUUCUCCUAGUGGAUGACUUCAGCACCAAAGUGAUAGUGUAUGAGUUUAAGGACUUCAGUGGGUUAGCUGAAAAUAAUUACAUGACAGUGGACAACUUUCAAAGAGGCAUCUUUGUGUGGCCUAUGAAUUUUAGUUGGAAAAAGAUUCCUCCUGAUGUCAUUAAACAAAAUAAAAUAAAGGAAACAGAUAUAAUAAGGUGUCCAGUCAUGGCUGGUGGAUUAUUUUCUAUUGAUAAAAAAUAUUUUUUUGAACUUGGAACAUAUGAUCCUGGCCUUGAGGUUUGGGGUGGCGAAAAUAUGGAGCUUUCAUUCAAGGUGUGGAUGUGUGGAGGAGAAAUUGAAAUCAUUCCCUGUUCCCGAGUGGGCCACAUCUUCAGGAAAGACAAUCCAUAUUCUUUCCCUGAAAAUCGGAUUAAAACCAUAGAGAGAAAUUUGAUUCGGGUGGCUGAAGUAUGGUUAGAUGAAUACAAAGAGAUUUUCUAUGGCCAUGGUCACCAUCUCUUGGACCAAAGUCUGAAUGUCGGAAAUCUCACUCAACAAAGAGAAUUGCGAAAAAAACUGGGGUGCAGAAGUUUCAAGUGGUACCUAGAGAAUGUCUUCCCAGACAUAGAAGCUCCUAUUGUGAAAGCCAGUGGGGUGAUAAUUAACGUGGCCUUGGGCAGAUGUAUUUCCCUUGAGAACAGUAUGGCUGUUCUGGAUGAAUGUGAUGGUGGUAGCAAGUCCCAACACUUCAACUACACUUGGCUAAAUCUUCUUAAACAGGGAGACAGGUGCUUAGCACCUGUCCCUAUUAUAGGAGACCUGAGCCUGUUCCCUUGUGAUAACAGAAACAACAAGCUGAGAUGGUUACACAAAUUGACGGGAGUCCUUCAUCCUGAACAAAUGGAUCACCUUAUACUUGAAUACUGGGAGCAGCUGAGGUGCCUGGAGGCAAGUCAUUCUGGGAAGACCCUGAAGGUGACUGCCUGUGAUUCCAUGAAUCCGUAUCAGAAAUGGAAAUUUGAAGAAUACUAUGUAGCCUGA